CUUCCGGGAGGGCGGCUCGCAGGCACCAUGACUCCUGUGAGGAUGCAGCACUCCCUGGCAGGUCAGACCUAUGCCGUGCCCCUCAUCCAGCCAGACCUGCGGCGAGAGGAGGCCGUCCAGCAGAUGGCGGAUGCCCUGCAGUACCUGCAGAAGGUCUCUGGAGACAUCUUCGGCAGGAUCCCACACCAUGCCUCACAUGGUAGACCCCAGCGGGAAGUAUGUGACUGCCUGACUCGGGUGCCUCUCGUGGUCCAAGCCAUCCCUGCCCUGUCCCUUCCCUGGUUGUCGCCAGACCUGGAGCCCCUGCUCCUUCACUUUGCAGCCUCCUCUUCUGUCACCAACUGGGAACCCACCUCUUCCUGAAAGUCCUCCCCCACUGACUCACCGGCUUGCCCCAAGCUUGUCAAGAAUGUCCCAGUAACCAGGGCACACGCACUGAAGUGACUGAGGGGUUACCUUGGAGUUGAUGCCUUGGCUCAGAUCCAGCUCCCCUGUUUUCUUCCUCUGUAACCUUGGACAACCCAACCCCUCUAAGCCUCAGUGUUCUCAUUUGUGAAGUUGUGGUAAUAAUGGUAAUAAUGGUAAUAAUUCUUCCUGGUAGAAUUAUUGUAAAUAUUAAAUUAAUCAAAACAUGCAAAGGAAUGGAACAGUGCCUGGCACCUAGGAAGCCUUCAGGAAAUGCUAUCUCUUCCCCGUUGAUGAUCUUGACCCGUACACUGCCUUUGGUUGCCAUUCAUGAACCUGCCACCAAUAGUAACAGAAAGUGCUGGAUGCACCUUUUGUGCUUAUCGUUGUGCUAGAUGUGCCCAAGGGACGCCUAGGGAAGAGGACGCAGGUCUUUAAGAGCCAUCAGCUCCAGAUUGUGGCCACCCCAUGUCCAGCACUUAGAAUGGAGGCCAAAACCAUUCCCUCGGAAAUUGUGUUUCCUUGCCAAGAUGGGGACUGCAUGGUUGCCCUUCUCUGAGGGCAGCCCUGGAUUUUUGGCAUCUUUCCUUUCCUGUCCUGGUACUUGGCACCUUGUAGACAGUUGCAUGUCCCCUGCCCAGGGAUGGGAUGAGGAGAGGGCAGGAAGGCAUUUCCUGGGUAGUGGAGUGCUGCGUUCAUUGAGUGUGGGUUCUCCAAGCUGCUGGCACAGCCCAGGGAGGGCCGGAUGCCUCUCAGGAGCCUUGGGCCUGAGUCCUGGCUCCCUCACUCCUGGGUUCCAGGUCACUGCAUCUGUCUCUCCACCAUGUGCUCCACCUCGUGCUGGACCUUAAGAGAUACCAAUUAUGUGGCUGACACUGUGUCCUAGAGGCUGGAAUGGGAACACAUAGGGCGAGAUUGAUUGUUAAUUGCUAGCAUGAACCGCGUGGGCUUCUCAGGGUCUAGAGUGGAGAGAAAUCGGUAAGAAUUGGUGGCACGCCUGUCAGAACUCCCCAAACCAAGCUAAGCAAAAAUUAAACAAUCAGUAGAGCAGCCUUCGGAGUAAGGGCUAAAAUGAUGUCCUCAGGGCCUGGUUUUGCUUUCCUUCCAUGUCAGUUUGCUUCUUUGGGUCUGGCUGCAUUCCCAGACAGGCCAUGCUGUCGUGGUAGCAAGGUGACAUGACACAGGGUCAGGUCCAGCAGGAAAGAAUGCUCUCCUGUGUCCCCACUUCCUCCAGAAGCCACACUUACCCAUCCCACCUGGCUUGGUCCUCAUGUCUAUCCCAGAAUCCAUUACUGGGGCCAGGGGACUAUGACACACCACUUGGCUUAGACUGAGGAACUCUGUGGGCAGCCCCACCUGAAGCUCUGGGACUAAGCCUGCGAGAGAGAUGGAUUCCCCAAGGGAAAUGGGGCCAUUGCUUGAGUAAAAAGGAAAUAGUUGCUGAAGAGGAAAACCACGUGCUUACUCCACAUAGGGCAGACUCCUGGAAGAGGGGGGCAGGGUAGGGAGGUGGAUAUGCAGGUUGCCCUGGUGGGGUCUGGAAAUGGGGGCCGCGGGCUUGGAGAGAGGCCUCAGUGUGGCUUGGAACGUGGUGUAUGGUGGUCUGCCAUGAAGGCCGGCCUGCACAGGGGUGGGAGGGGGGUGCUUCUGCAUGGGAAGCACAGACAGCGCUGCCUCUCCCUUGCACUCAUCUCUCGGGGCAUGAGAGGCUGACUUUCCGUGAGCCUGUGGGCCAGGCCUCUUUGAAUGGGGCUGAGGGAGCUUUGCCCUGGUUCCUUUGUGUCCCCACGGUGCCACGGGAGGCUCCCUGGCAGGGUGUGGGGCAAGGCAGUGAGUGAAGAGUUGGGGUGAGUGAGUUAGGGCCCACGGAUUACUCAAGACAGGACUUCAAGUUGAUUCAGGAGUGUUAGGGAGCUGUGAUUGGAUUUUAAGCAGGGCAGGGCUGGCCCCAGUUUUCUAACCAGGUGUUGAAUGAACCGGAUGGACUCUGCCAGAUCCCUCCGUGCAAGGCUGGAAUCAGUCCAUUGUUCAACUGUGCCCUUUGGGGCUGUGGUUCAUUUGGCUCUGAUUUUCCUAUAUGUUCUCUCCUCCAACCCCCAUAGCUCCAUCUUGUCUACAGGAUUUUGUUAGAAGCCGUCGAAAUCCUGCUGACUCGAGAUGCGCUGUGCUGCAUGUUCUCCCCGGGCACAGCAAGCUACUAAUCCUGUUACAAAGAGAAAUGCUGUACACUUCGAGCAGUGCUGGCCCCUGGGACUCACCGCGGCCUUUUCUAAGUGCUUACAGACUCUCUGUGUAAUAAUCCAUUCCAGAAAUUUUCCAGGGCUCAUUGUUGAGCUUGGUGUUCGCAACUUUGAGUGAUCAGCCCUUCUGUCCUUUGUGGGAGCACCAGGACAGAGCAGCCUUUGUCCCUCCCCAGUCUCAGUUCCCUCCCACUGCCCCUGUGGACCUCGAAUGCAGAGCUUAUGCACCUACCGAAGGUCGUGUCAGCACCCAAGGCAGAAUGAGGCUGCCUUGGGAACUAGGGUAAAUUAAAACAGCUUGUGCUGGAGGACCCUUUACAGCAGAUGAAGGCCUCUCCCCAGCCAGAAAAGAUGGAGCACACGCUGGGUGGUGGCCCCGCUUCCUCACUGGAAGGAGAUGGUGCUCUUCUUUUUUCUUUCUGAAUUGUGGCCACCUUCAUACCAGUCUGUCAUGGAACACUUAAGCCGCUUGAGUGCCUGCUGGUACUCCCAGCCCUGCCAUGCCUGAGCCCCCUGCACACAAGGAGCCAGGAGUAAUCAGGGCAGACCCAUUAGGGCACGGGGACUCCUGGAUUGUGAAAUUGGCUCUCUGGGGGCCAAGGCCUUCUAACGUUGGUGGAAGUGGCUUUGGCUUAUUGGGUCCGAUUCUAGGCCAUUCAUUCCAACCUUUAGAGACACCCCAGCUUUCCCAAGCCCAGAGUCUGCAGCCCCUCCACCAUCCCACACCCUCCUCCUGCCUUUCCUCAUGAACCCCAGUCACGCCUCUGCCUUCUCAAACCCCUCCACCAUCCCACACCCUCCUCCUGCCUUUCCUCAUGAACCCCAGUCACGCCUCUGCCUUCUCAAACCCCCCCACCAUCCCACACCCUCCUCCUGCCCUUCCUCAUGAACCCCAGUCGCGCCUCUGCCUUCUCAAACCCCUCCACCAUCCCACACCCUCCUCCUGCCUUUCCUCACGAACCCCAGUCGCGCCUCUGCCUUCUCAUCCCUGCGCACCACACAGGCUCGCUCGUGCCCGGUGAGUGCUGAGGCUGCUCUGCACGUGGAGUGUGGCCCUGUGGGCAAGGGCUGGGCUCUUGGAGGUAGGGGAGCUACAGGGGCGACUGGGAGGAGGAUGUUGUUACACACGCAUCAGAGUUAACUUUGCAGUGAGAGCGGCCUUGCUGCGGCCAAAGAACAUGGAAAAGCAUGAGUGGGGUGAUGUGCCUUAAAGCAUCAGACACUUGGGCCUCGGGCACCAGGAGCCAGCCACAGGCAUGUCUGGGGAAAUGGUGUUCCAUGAGAUGCAAGCACAUAAGAAUGCACUUGGCACAUCUGGGGAACAGCAGGCAGCUGAUAUCACUGGGCCCACCCCGCACCAGGGAGGAUGGAAGCAGGAUCUCCCAGCGGGUAGAGCAGAGCCGGAGCCAGGUGCAGGCCAUUGGAGAGAAGGUCUCCUUGGCCCAGGCCAAGAUUGAGAAGAUCAAGGGCAGCAAGAAGGCCAUCAAGGUGUUCUCCAGUGCCAAGUACCCUGCUCCAGAGCGCCUGCAGGAAUAUGGCUCCAUCUUCACGGGCGCCCAGGACCCUGGCCUGCAGAGACGCCCCCGCCACAGGAUCCAGAGCAAGCACCGCCCCCUGGAUGAGCGGGCCCUGCAGGAGAAGCUGAAGUACUUUCCUGUGUGCGUGAGCACCAAGCCGGGGCCCGAGGACGAUGCAGAAGAGGGACUUGGGGGUCUUCCCAGCAACAUCAGCUCUGUCAGCUCCUUGCUGCUCUUCAACACCACCGAGAACCUGUACAAGAAGUAUGUCUUCCUGGACCCCCUGGCUGGUGCUGUAACAAAGACCCAUGUGAUGCUGGGGGCAGAGACAGAGGAGAAGCUGUUUGAUGCCCCCUUGUCCAUCAGCAAGAGAGAGCAGCUGGAACAGCAGGUCCCAGAGAACUACUUCUAUGUGCCAGACCUGGGCCAGGUGCCUGAGAUUGAUGUUCCAUCCUACCUGCCUGACCUGCCCGGCAUUGCCAACGACCUCAUGUACAGUGCCGACCUGGGCCCCGGCAUUGCCCCCUCCGCCCCUGGCACCAUUCCAGAACUGCCCACCUUCCACACUGAGGUAGCCGAGCCUCUCAAGGCAGACCUACAAGAUGGGGUACUAACAGCACCCCCACCACCCCCACCGCCCCCACCACCUCCCCCAGCUCCUGAGGUGCUGGCCAGUGCACCCCCACUCCCACCCUCAACCGCGGCCCCUGUAGGCCAAGGCGCCAGGCAGGACGACAGCAGCAGCAGCGCGUCUCCUUCAGUCCAGGGAGCUCCCAGGGAAGUGGUCGACCCCUCCGGUGGCCGGGCCACUCUGCUAGAAUCCAUCCGCCAAGCUGGGGGCAUCGGCAAGGCCAAGCUGCGCAGCGUGAAGGAGCGAAAGCUGGAGAAGAAGAAGCAGAAGGAGCAGGAGCAAGUGAGAGCCACGAGCCAAGGUGGGGACUUGAUGUCGGAUCUCUUCAACAAGCUGGUCAUGAGGCGCAAGGGCAUCUCUGGGAAAGGACCUGGGGCUGGUGAGGGGCCCGGAGGAGCCUUUGCCCGCGUGUCAGACUCCAUCCCUCCUCUGCCGCCACCGCAGCAGCCACAGGCAGAGGAGGAUGAGGACGACUGGGAAUCCUAGGGGGCUCCAUGACACCUUCCCCCCCAGACCUGCUUCCCUGGGAGGGGGCUCCAUGACACCUUCCCCCCCCCCCAGACCCAGACUUGGGCCGUUGCUCUGACACGGACACAGCCAGGACAAGCUGCUGAGACCUGCUUCCCUGGGAGGGGGCUCCAUGACACCUUCCCCCCCAGACCCAGACUUGGGCCGUUGCUCUGACACGGACACAGCCAGGACAAGCUGCUGAGACCUGCUUCCCUGGGAGGGGGCUCCAUGACACCUUCCCCCCCAGACCCAGACUUGGGCCGUUGCUCUGACACGGACACAGCCAGGACAAGCUGCUGAGACCUGCUUCCCUGGGAGGGGGCUCCAUGACACCUUCCCCCCCAGACCCAGACUUGGGCCGUUGCUCUGACACGGACACAGCCAGGACAAGCUGCUGAGACCUGCUUCCCUGGGAGGGGGUGACGGAACCAGCACUGUGUGGAGACCAGCUUCAAGGAGCGGAAGGCUGGCUUGAGGCCACACAGCUGGGGCGGGGACUUCUGUCUGCCUGUGCUCCAUGGGGGGACAGCUCCAGCCAGCCUGCACCAGUGUGUUCUUCUCUAAAGAGGCUUCCAGAGAAAAUGGCACACCAAUCAAUAAAGAACUGAGCAGAAA